AUUAGUAGAAAUAUGCAUCUCCAUAAUAUUACCUUUGAACUAAUGAAGUGGAAGUACAGAUGAAAACAGUCUGGAGGAAGCUUGAAGUACAGUACAGUUUCAUUCAGUUUCCCAAUUCUGAGGAAACGAAGUUGGAAAAGUUACAAAAGCAUCUUUCCAGUCAAGCACCAAAUCUUGUAUUAGGCUUCACCGAACAGGCUAAGCUUAACAUUUGUCAAGCAGAAGGACCAGUUGCCUUGCACAGGAAGGAUUAAAAGUGAACAAUGACUCAAUUGAGAGUUUAUGAGCGAUUGCUUGGAGCCUAUCUCCUGAUCAUUCUCUGUGUUCAAGGUCAAAAUCUUGACAGCAUGCUUCAUGGCACAGGAAUGAAGACAAAUCCUGACCAAAAGAAACAAGCAAAUGGAGUAACACUUGCUCCAGAGGACACCUUACCUUUUCUUAAGUGCUACUGCUCAGGACAUUGUCCAGAUGAUGCUAUUAAUAACACAUGCAUAACUAAUGGGCACUGCUUUGCUAUCGUUGAGGAAGAUGAACAUGGAGAACCCACACUUGCUUCUGGCUGCAUGAAGUAUGAAGGUUCAGACUUCCAGUGCAAGGACUCACCUAAAGCACAGUUACGUAGAACAAUCGAGUGCUGUCGGACUGAUUUCUGCAAUCAGGAUUUACAACCAACGUUACCACCACUUGACAGUACAGAUGGGCUCUUUGAUGGCAGCAUUCGUUGGAUGGCAGUGUUGAUUUCUAUGGCAGUCUGCAUAAUUGUCAUGAUCAUCUUAUUUAGCUGCUUUUGUUACAAGCAUUACUGUAAGUCGAUGGCAAAGAGGCACUGUUAUAAUCGUGACCUGGAGCAAGACGAAGCAUUUAUUCCAGCUGGGGAGUCAUUAAAAGACCUGAUUGACCAGUCACAGAGUUCUGGGAGUGGAUCAGGACUACCGUUAUUGGUUCAACGCACUAUUGCCAAACAAAUUCAGAUGGUGAGGCAAGUUGGAAAAGGACGAUACGGUGAAGUGUGGAUGGGCAAAUGGAGGGGUGAGAAAGUUGCAGUGAAAGUGUUCUUCACCACAGAAGAAGCUAGCUGGUUCCGAGAAACAGAGAUUUACCAAACUGUUUUAAUGCGUCAUGAAAACAUCCUUGGUUUCAUAGCUGCAGAUAUUAAAGGCACUGGCUCCUGGACACAGCUGUACUUGAUUACAGAUUAUCAUGAAAAUGGAUCAUUGUAUGAUUUUCUGAAAUGCACUACGCUAGACAACAGGGCUCUCCUCAAACUGGCAUAUUCUGCUGCAUGUGGUCUGUGCCAUCUACACACAGAAAUUUAUGGGACCCAAGGAAAGCCUGCUAUUGCCCACAGGGACCUGAAGAGUAAAAACAUCUUGAUAAAGAAAAAUGGAACCUGCUGCAUUGCAGACUUGGGUCUUGCAGUCAAGUUUAACAGUGACACAAAUGAAGUUGAUGUUCCCUUGAAUACUAGAGUGGGAACAAAACGUUACAUGGCUCCAGAGGUCCUAGAUGAAAGCCUGAAUAAAAACCAUUUCCAGCCAUACAUCAUGGCUGACAUUUACAGUUUUGGGCUGAUCAUUUGGGAAAUGGCUCGGCGCUGUGUCACAGGAGGUAUUGUUGAAGAGUAUCAGUUGCCAUAUUAUGACAUGGUGCCAAAUGAUCCAUCCUAUGAGGACAUGAGAGAAGUGGUGUGUGUCAAACGCCUACGCCCAGUAGUCUCGAAUAGAUGGAAUAGUGAUGAAUGUUUAAGAGCAAUAUUGAAAUUAAUGUCUGAAUGCUGGGCUCAUAAUCCUGCUUCGAGGCUCACUGCCUUGAGGAUCAAGAAGACACUUGCCAAGAUGGUGGAAUCACAAGAUGUAAAGAUUUGACAUAGAAAAUUGACAUUGGAGAGCAAAGCUGGACUCCUAGAUCUUUUCACUCAAACAUGAGUGAGACCUAUGUGGAAAGAGGAAAUAACUGAGAUUCAGUAUAUUUUCUCAGCACACUUCUACAGGCUGCUAAUAAAAUCUUUCAGUAUGUCAUAGACUGUGAUACUGAGAGCCUCUAUACACUACGUGAUACGUAAAUGGACAGCCUUGGUAAAAUACACGUUUUGGUUUUGUUUGAGCUGCAUUGAGACUUCAUUCAUACAUAGUGAGUCUCCAGUGAAACUCUGGGUACUGAAUUGAAUGUUCAGAUUACAGUGCUUUCUGUGAAAGCCUCACAAGCUAUAUGGAUUCGACAGAGAUGGAGAAUAUAAGCUUUUUUUUUUUGGUUUUGCCUUCUACCUGAUAAAACCUAGUCAAUCCAUACCAAGUUUUUGUGAAACAGGCUGUAGGUUAUGAAUCUGUUUGCAAUACUACUCAGUUUAACAGUUGCCUUUAUGUGUGUGCCAGGAUUAUUUUGCUGUCAUUUGAAAUAGAUAAAUAAUUAAAUGAACAAAGUUUUACGAUCAGGGUUCCAUGCAUUUUGUAGCUCCACAAUCAAGAGAUUUGCUACAGAAUCCUUGCUAUUAAGUUAUCUUCCUAAAUCUCAGUUUUAAUUUUAUUUCAGUUUUAUUUCUGUUCUUGUUUUGGUCAUAAGGAGAACUGCAAAAACAUUAACAAAUUAAGGAGUGCCUACCUAAGUCUGUAAAGAGCUGGAAACAAUCUCUCUUAGAGGCACAGACUGCUUUGGUCACCUCGCUUACAGUCUGGUGGCCUCAUAAUUGGAUGACUAUGAAAUUUGGCAUAUCUUUCACAGUGCCACACAACCAGCAUUUUUGCUGUUGAAUACCUUACAUCCUAAAAAAAGGAUGGUUGAUGACAUGUUUUGCCUUUCUCCUUUAUUGGGAUUCCCUGGUAGGUGCCCAUUUUGCUCUGACAUUUUUCUGUACAGGAGGUAAUUGGUCAACUAUAGGAGCAUGGUUUUUCAUCAUUUGACAAAACUAGGCAGAAGGUAAGUUUUGAAAGGCUGGAGAACAAGUCUAAUUUACAGACACAGAAAUGGCAGGAAGCACAGGCUGGGCUCGGAGAACUGAAUAUAUGUCAACGAUUAAAGAUACACAGCAUGACGAUUUUCAAGCUGGGUUGCUCUGAUGUAAAUGCAGGAGGCCACAUAUGUGGAUCACAUUGUUGACAGUCACAAAACUCAAGAUUUUAGACAAGGUAAAUCAGUGGGUAUUUUAAGUUCUACUUAAGCACGCUUGGGAGGAAUGGCAUUGAAAGAUAAAUUUAUGACGAUAAGUAAGUUAACAUAAUUGCAAAAUUUGGCCUUACUGUGCCAACAAUUUGGCGCAUAUAGGAAACUGUAGUACCUUCCUUUUCUUCACUGAUCCAGACAAGUUGUUUAAAAGCCAGAAUCCCUCCACGAGGUUACUGUUAAGCAGAUUCAUUGAUUUAUAACUCCUUUGGCACUUCUACUUUUGAAGUUACAAAACAGUACCAUAACUCAAGUUGAAGCUUCAAAUGCUUGAAUUGUCUGAAGAAUGAACACAUAGUAUUGGAACCAUUGCAUUGAACCUGUUUGAUAAUUUAAGUGCCUAUAACUUUGUACUGUAAAUCUUGUUCUAGGUAACGUUAAGAAGGGAAGUUAUUUAUAUGGUGUGUUUUGUGCUUUACUAAAAAAAAAACAAACAAAAACGUCAGCCACCUAGGUAGAUGUGUACAGUUAGAUACAUGCACAAACACACAUACGCCAUAGUCAAGAUUUGAAGAAAAAAAAGCUAGGAAUAAUACUAAAAUUGAUGGAAAAAUGUUAAAACUUCAGAUUGAUUUAUGCCAUAUUAUUUGUUGUCUUAAAAUAUGUAUACAUGGAGAUUGUUUUGACAUCUGUUUAAGUUUCCCUUGAAAAUACAACUAAGAGAAAACAAUGUAAUGCAGAACUAAUGUGAUUUGUGAACGGUUACAACCUUCUAACUUUUUUUUGUUUUGUUGUAAUUCUGUAGUUCACAUAAUGUAAAUGGUCAGGCGAAAGAUGGCAGUAUUUUUUAUUUUCUAUUGUGAUGUACAGACUUUAUUUAACUGUUCUACAUGUUUUAUAGAAAACUAGCUAUUUCGAGGGACUUUUUUUUUUUAAUAAAGUCAUUACUUUUGUUCA